AUGCCCCCUAAAGCCCACAAUUCAAAUUCAGAGUCUGAAUCUCGCACGAGGUCUAAUGCGGGGCACAUGAGUGCUGGAAAUGCCACUAAUAAUUCCAGAAACGCGGGCAAGCAACGGCUCACCACCGCUCAGCAACAAUAUCUGAAAGACCUGGUAAAUACUCAUGUCCACAACAAUCAUCCAGAUACAAGGAUUAAACCGCACCCUGUAGACUUCGAAGCAUACUCAGACAGCUUUUUACGUCGGUACAAAGAUCGUUUCAAAUUGCCGCUCGAGGACAACCUCUCUCUGCAGGGAUAUCUUCUGGGAUCGAAGUUAGGUGAAAAAACGUACACCCAUAGGAGAAACGAAGGCAGGGGCCCAGAUGCUCGAGUUACCAAGAAGCAGCUUGCUUUGGAGGUGAAGAAGCAUUUCACAGCUCACAAUGUCAAGGAAACGGAGUGCAUCCCGGCAUUCAUAUACAAAGUCAAGAACCGGAAGAAAAGCUUCAAGAUGGAAUUCAGAGACUAG